AUGGAAGCUGCGGCAAAGACGGUCGAGCUGUUGACGCAGCGCACAUUACCCGACACGCCAUACUAUCUCUCCAAUCAUCCCGACUGGCGAUACCGCCCCCGCCCUGACGACCAUCUACGCCCAGAGGAGUGGCAUAGCACUCGCCUCCAGUACUCGACCUUACUUGCCGAAGCCGAUCGCGGCGUUCUCCUCACCCGUCCCGACUACGAUAUGCGUGAGGAACCCUCCAAGCCCGUGGCGCGGGACGUGACCGCGCUUUCCAAGGCUGGCGGCGAAAAGAAGAAGCUGUCGCUGAGCGACUAUAAAAAUAAGAAGACCGCCGCCGCAUCACCCCCGGAGCCCGCCGUCUCCAGACUUCGAGAAUCCGAACGCGCUGGCGCAUCUCCAUCAAAGUCCCUAGCUGGCUCUGGGACACGCCCUGCCGGUGAUGCUCGCACCAGCACCGACCCCAGAAGAUCACUUGAUGCGCGACCUAGCGACGCGCGGAAGGACCGCUCAAGGGAUUCUACCGAGGGAAAGCAACGUCCGAGAGAUGUCAGCCUUGCGGAUACGAGCUUACCAGCGAAGCCACCGCUUAAGAACUACCCUCUGCCACCUCGACCACCAUCGCCUGGCAGCAAGAAGCGCGUUGCAGACCACGACGACGAUGCUCGACCGCAAAAGCGAAGUCGACCCGAGAACACACGACCAAAUGACGAUCGCCUGCCUAACCGUGACGAUCCUGUACGAAAGCGGAAUCCAUUGCUCCAAGGCGCUAAUCAUAGAGACUCUCCGCUGCUGAAUGGCAAGAGCUCCCUUCCAGGUGGCUCAGUUUCGAAUAAGGGCGCGUCCCCCGCAAAUCGUUCUCGUGGUGAUUCGGUGAACGGGGGCCAUCCUGCCACAGUUGGUAGGCAUACGCCGAGACAGGAAAGUCCGAAAAAGCCCGUGGUUCCGCCACUGUUAUCACCACUGCGUCUGGGUCCUGGUUACGACGACGAUUCGUUGUUGAAACAAGACAGAAGAAGAGCCGAUGGCACGCCACCGCGGCCAAAGAAACCGGAGCAACCGGCAGAAGAAAAGAAGCGCAAGCCCACGAGAACUCUGCCGGCACUUCUAUCUCCAACGCUUCCACCCAUAAUCGAGGCCGCUCUGCGACAAAGAGAGCAAGGCUCACCUGAACCUGACGAGCGGCCCAAAGAGAAGAAGGCUCUUGCGGCCAAACGAAAAAAGAGCUUUUCUACAGACGAGAGUCUAGAUGAGAUGCCAAAGCACCGUGCGGAGCUGAUUGUGACCCUAAAGGUCCCCAAAGGUCUGCGCAAGUCGUUUCGGCGUAUUAUGGCGCUGCCUACCACAACUCCGCCUAGCCGCGGUCGCGAUCGUGACCCUAGUCGACACGAUCGGGAUCGUUCUACGGAUAACGAUCGACAAUAUGCUCGGAAGCGUCCUCCUGCCGCACCCGAAGCUGACUCCGUGGCCAUGAAGAAAUCGAGGUCCUCGGACAUACCGAACGCGAGCCGCCGGCCCACGACUCCACCGAGAAGAAGCCACACGUCCAUGUCCCGCGUCAACUCAAACACCGCGACUGCUCACACGCCUGGCGAAUCGAUGAGAAGGACGCCAUCGUCGACUGGGACCGGUGACAAGCGACCAAAUGGCAUUGCUCCGGCUAAGCUGGACACCAAUGAGCUGCGCGAGAAGGAAGAGCGCUUGAGGGUCACGGGCAAACGGCUCAAGCACGAAGCCGAACGGGCCUUCAAGGCACGUCACAGUGCCAUGGCCAACUCCAAGGACAGUCAGCCGCGGACAGCCAGCGAUGGGCACACCACGUCCUCUGUUAAGGUUGCGUUCAUGCGUGCCCUGGAGAGCAUCCUGUGCUUUAUGCAUGCCUUCCAGGCUCAGGACCUUCGCAGUAUCGAGGCUGGCAGAAAAAUCGACAUCCAGGGCUGGACGAGCUUGUUCCCGUUGAUAGAUUACUACCUUGUCGAGCUCCAGCCCCCCCAUUCUGCCCGCCCCGCCCUUGCGCUGGUCCUGAUGCUGCAGAUGUUUACCACGGACCACAUACUUACACACAUUCUGGCGCAGCCGCCUCAGCCCAAUCUGAACAAGGCGAUUAUUGAGCACGAGCGGGUGCGCAACCGCGCCCUGGGUCAGAUUCGCGAGGCUUACACCUUGAUCGACAACCCGCGCCUGCGCGCCGACAUCUCGCCAUGGUGGAGCCUGGACGACGUGACCGAGACGACGCUUCGGGUCAUGAGGCGGUGGUGCGCCGAGGAAGAUGUUUCUUGGGCCCCGGAGCUGACGCCUCGCGACUAUGGGAGGUGA